AUGGAGAGUGCAGUAAAAAAAACAGUGAAAAAAGAAACGAAAAAAGUAGUCCCAGGUGUGAAACUUCCACCGAUCGAACCAGUACCAGAUGACGAUGUAAGGACCAUCCUAGAAAUCGAUCCUGACUUCUAUUCGCUGAUUCAAGGUCGACCUAUCAGACAGAAUAAGUCUAUCUCAAAGUACAAACAGGAUAUUAAAGAUCUGGCUUUGAAAAGGACUCUUCAUGGUUAUCUCGUUGAUGAGAUUAUAAGGAUUGAAAGAGAAAUAGAAACUGAAAGAAAUGUAUACGAAACAGCUUACAAACACUUCGAAGAAUGUCAGCACAGCUUCGAUAAAUUCCUUGCUUAUGACAACGACAAAACUAUAAUUAUAAUGAAAAAGUCUGACAAUUUUGCGAAAAAUCUGGCAAAUGAGAUAGAAGAACAUAAGAAAAUAAGUUACGAGCUGGCUUCUAUUAAGUCAAAGUUGCAGUAUAUUGACGAAACGCUGUUGAUUUUAUUGUCUUUCGAGAAUUUUCUCCAUAAAGCUGCGCCUAUUUUAUGGCAGGAAAGUAACAAUGUUAAAUUGGAUACAAAGCACACAGAGAUAAUUACAAAGGAGAGUGACAUUUUCUCUAAAGUUGAUGUGAACUUUGUAAAAGAACGACUAAGCGAACUGGCUGUUCCCAGAUUGUAUUUUGAAACUCCUAAUCAGUUACUCACCAUUUUCGAUUUGCUUGAAAAACAAAACCUAAACUAUUUGUUAGUAACUGAAGAACUAAAUUCUGAGAAAAAUAAGUUUUUGAAAACGAAGGAUGCUCUAAAAACUCUUUUAUAUCAAGAGUUAGAACAAAUUCAAAAGAAGAUACAAGAGAUUGAGGAAAUUAUAACUUGGAAUGAAGAUCGCGAAGCCGAAGUGAAAGAAGUAUUCUUCAGGAUUUUGGGUGAAAAAAUUAAAUAUAUAGUAUCGUCCCAAUUGGCUCUGGAGCUUUUAAACUACGUAGAAUAUGCAUAUGAACUGUUGAUUACCCCGAACGAUACCAAAUUAGGGACUUUGGAGAUGACUCUGGCUCUCGAAGGCGAGUACAAUAAUCUGAUGCUGGGUUUGUCAGUGUUUGACUUAGAUAUGGUAAAACAAAUUGAAAAAGAGAUUUACGAGGAAGGUGAUCUACAGAUAAAACAAGCCAAAGCAGCCCAUAAAUUGCUUGAAGAUGUCAAUAAAUUAAAUAGACGACUGAAAUCUUCUUACGAACCAUCUAGAAGAAAAAAAAGUGAUUAUUAA